AUGGCAGAAUCACAGCAAAAACUCCAGAGUUUGUCGGACGAAUACCAGAAGUUGCAGCAAGAUCUACAGAAUCACGUCAAUUCGAGACAAAGACUUGAAUCGCAACAGCAAGAAAACAAAGCAGUUCAGAAGGAAUUUGAGGGCUUGGACGAUGAUGCGAAUAUAUACAAAAUGGUUGGACCUGUGCUGCUGAAGCAAGAAAAGACUGAGGCUGUUAUGGCUGUCAAUGGCCGGUUGGAAUUCAUCGAGAACGAGAUAAAGCGGGUGGAGAAGCUGAUCAGUGAUGUUGAGAACAAGAGUGAUGCUGUGCGGACACAGAUUAUACAGAUACAAUCGGAGAGUUCACCACAAGGUGGUCAACCUCAAAUAGCGGCAUAA